AUGGAGCAAUCGAUCCUGCGCAUGGAGACAGAGCUCCAGAAACAGUAUGGAAAUGAAGACUGGAGCACAACUUUUCGCGCUGGACCGGACUCUAUUGGAAUUCUCGCCGAAUGUAUUUUGAUUACCUCAAGACCAAUGGUCAUAGGUAUUGAGCUAAAGGGCCCUGGGCUUAAGUAUACAACACUCUCUGCGAAUGUGAGCCACUGUGCAGCCGUUGGCACACAUACAUUCAGAAAGACUGCGAGGAAUAUGAAAAUCUUGGCUCAUUUAACAAAUGAACUCUCGCAACCGAAUGGGACUGUACGCUAUCCUCUUCAAUCUACCUGUUGCCAGCUCAUUGACACUCAGGGGUCCGAGCAGAUUGAGAAAAUGUUGAAGUUCUGUGAGAAAUUUGUCCCCUAUAUAGGCCAGAAGCGGAGGCAGGAGCAGCAUGUAAUCGACGAGAUUAAAAAAAACGAAGUUGACAAGAAAUUGAAGGAAGGUCAGAGAGAAAAGGAAGAGGCUAGGACAAAUGAGCGAGCGAAACGCAUGCAAGAGACUCGCGAGAUGAAGGAUACGUACGAAAAGUAUGCCGGAAUUGUAGUUGCGUCUGCAUCGGCAGUUACCACAGGAGUCGGACUUGCAGUUGCUGGUGCGGCUGCCUACAUACACUACAGAAUCCUCAGGGCAGACCUCGCGAGUAUGGAGGAAGCUCAAGAACGAAGAAAUCAGGAGAUCCGUGAGCUUGAGGAGUCAAAAGCAAUCCUUGAGCAGACACUGGCACACCUAAGUGCAGAAUCAAAGUCAAUUGACGAAGUCAAACACAUUGUGCAAUUGUCUUUCAGGAAGGUGACUGAGCUACAACAGCUAGUCAGGAAGUUCAUGCAAUUCCUUCUCGAUAUCAAUUCCAUUAUCAAAUACACAGUGGAGCACAGUACACUCGUAUACGAUUUUGUCAAGGAUAAAGAGGACUUGAUCGAUCCCGGGAUCAAGAUGGUAUUGCUCAUUCAGUCCCAGGGCCCUUAUUAUGUUUUAAACUGA